AUGAAACCACCAACUUCACACAACCCCAAGCGCAACAAAACCUUCCAUCCCUCCCAUGUACCCAUAACCCCCAACGAAACACUUCAUCCAAUACCAACCCACAUAACCGGGCCCUUCCCCUUCCUAAACCCCACAAAAGCCCACUACUACACCCCCUCCCACCCAGACAUCCGCUUCAAAUGGACCUCGCGCAACGACCGCAAAGGCCGCCACGCCCUCUCCAUCCCCCAACCCCACGCUUCCGCCCCGCGCCCCACCACCUCCGCGCACACCAUCCUAUCCAACAUGUGGCAAAUGGCAACCUACUACCCCAUCUGGGACCUAUCCUUCCUCAUCGCCUACAUAUUCACAAUAGGCAGCGUUCUCUGGAUCCUCAACGCAUUCUUCGUGUUUUUGCCUUUGGUACGGCCGCAGACGGAGUUUGAAGGGGAGACCUUGUAUGGUGGUGGGAUUACGGCGUUUAUUGGGGCUACGGUGUUUGAAGUGGGGUCGGUGCUGUUGCUUGUUGAGGCGGUGAAUGAAGGGCGGUCUGGGUGUUUUGGGUGGGCGGUUGAGAGAGUGCUUGAGGGUGAGGAGGAGGGGAGGGUGAGGGUGGAGAAGGGGGUGUGUGGGCAUGCGCAUAAGAGGGGGGAUGGGGAGGGGGAGAAGGAGAAGGGGGAGAGGAGGAAGUGGGUUUGGUGGCCGGCGAGGGAGGAGUUGCGGAGUCAUUAUAUUCACAACUUGGGGUUUUUAGCGUCGUUGGCACAGUUUGUGGGGGCGACCAUUUUUUGGGUUGCGGGGUUUACAGCAUUGCCGGGCAUUUAUGAUAACAUGUCGAAGACUGUUACGAUUGUUUUUUACUGGACGCCGCAGGUUGUGGGUGGGUUGGGGUUCGUUAUCUCUGGUUUUUUGUUCAUGAUCGAAACGCAACCGAAAUGGUGGAAGCCAGCGCCUCGGACACUCGGCUGGUGGAUUGGAGCGCUGAAUUUGAUCGGAGGUGUGGGAUUCACGUUGUGUCCGGCGUUUGGAUAUGAUAGUAGUAGUUGGGCGCAGUAUCAGGCUUGUCUGAGUACUUUUUGGGGCAGCUGGGCGUUUAUGAUUGGGAGUACACUGCAAUGGUAUGAGAGUCUUGAGAAGUUUCCGGUGGAGGUUAAUAGAUCGACGCGGUGA